AAGUAAACGACUCCGCAAUUCGCACAUGUUUUGUGUUUGUUUUUUUUUUGUUUAAAGAUUGGUUCCAAUUUAAAAUUUACAUUGUUUCGAACGGGACCAGUUAAAUCAAAUAUAAUUACUUAUCAUAUUUUUUUGUAUCAUUACUACAAGUAUAACUCGAAAUUUGUCUACCAGCUCAUCUUCACGUUUCUCAUCCAAGUGAAUAAAUCUAAAUUUAAAAUUUUGUUUUUGAUCAAGUAAUUAAACAAACUCAUCAUCCAUCAGCAAACUAUUUAUGUGAAUAAUAGAUUUUUAUGUGUGCAAUAGCAGCAGCAGUAUAAGAACUAAUCCUAAAAGAAGGAAAACUUCUACUUGUGAGGUGACUUAUCAAGAAGAUCGGAUUUCGAUGCCCUCCCACGAGUGAAUAAUGACUUCCAAGUAGUUUGACUCCAUGACCACAUUUACGCCCACCACACCCACUGUCAAGGAUCAAAGUCAGGUCAAGUUUAUCCCAGGGUUAUUCAAACAUUACGUGUACAAAUUUGGUAGGGACUAGAGGUUUUAAAAAAGUCGAAUAACACAAAGGACAUAUUCUGAGUUCCGAGCUGCACGAAGGAAAUGAGAAGGAAUGAGCCUUUGCUAUCAUACCACAGAUUUCCAACCACCAAUAUUCACAGAAAUGUUCGUCAAAAGUGGAUUGAAGUUCUUAGUCCUAUAUUGCCAGAAGAGACUUUCCCUUCGGAUCUUUCAAAAUAUGAAAUUUGUUCCCGACAUUUCAAGUCCAAAGAUUUUUCUAUGAGGGAAAUAGGAAAAUCAUACCUCUUGGCUACUGCACUCCCUAGCGAGCAUCUCGGAGACAAAUCAUUUGUUACGGACUCUCUAGUUAAUGAGGGAUUUCUAAAAGACACCAAUGCUUUCGGGAUUGCUGGUAUUUCUCGCCCACUAAGCCCAUCACAGCCUCCAACUCACGGAAUCAUGUAUGAUCACCACAGAUGUGUCAUUGCGAAUUGCAGAAGACGCUAUUUAAAUGAACCUUCAUCCAUUCCACUUUAUGCGCUAAAGUCUACGUGGAUUCCUUUUGUCCGUACCUCCAAUGGUGACAUGAGCUGGCAACCCCCCAAGUGCGCAGAAAUGUGUGCCUUGCAUUUUGAAGACAACAUGUUCCGGGAUACAGGUCGGCAACGUUUGGAAGAAUGGGCUUUCCCAACUUCCUCUUCACCUAGUCCUAGUCCUAGAAUUCAAGCUAUAAUGGAAUCUGAACCCAAGAUUCCAAAAACGUGCUGUGUGCCUUCUUGCUCUUUAGAACUUCGAGGAGCUGACACGUCCUACCACUGCUUCCCGGGACAUAAACUACAUCAUAAAAUUCGAAACGAAUGGAUAAGAAUAAUUCGUGGACUAAUAUGUAAUCAAGAAUGGGAACCUAAUGGCCAUAAAAUUUGUUCUCGGCAUUUCGUGGAGACGGAUUUUCGGACCGACGCUGGGUUGAAGAAAUCUUUGAAGGUUUCUGCUGUUCCUGCUGUUAAUUUAUACCAUGUGACUGACCCAUGCCCGAACGACGAACUGGUGAAUGGUCUAACUUGGGCCUAUGAUUGCACUUGCGUUGUACCAAGUUGCAAGUCGUUCGAUCGGAGGCGAGAGGUAGAUUUAUCAUGGCAUAGGUUCUCUGCAAUGCCCAUUCAUCGCCAUAUACGUGCCAAGUGGAUCACUAUAAUUCGAAAUCUUCGAAAUGAUCAGACGUGGGAACCUGCUAUUAAUUCCAGGAUUUGUAGUCGUCACUUCCGAAAGGAAGAAUUACGUAUGGGUGGUUCAGGACGUUUUACGCUUAAUGGGCAAUCAGUCCCCACUUUGUUUCUGCACGAUGCUACAAUGGCCGAUCCAAAUUCCAAUUAUCCCGUAGAUUUCGCACCAUCCACAGGCCUAACUUGUACAACGGGUGGCACCAAACAGCGCAAUUGCGCUGUACCAAGCUGCACCUCAAUCGAUCGGAAGCGGGAGGUAGAUUUAUCAUGGCAUAUGUUCUCAACAAUGGCAAGUCAUCGCCAAAUGCGGAAUAAAUGGAUCACUAUAAUUCGAAAUCUACGCAAUGAUCAGAAGUGGGAACCUGCUAUUGAUUCCAGGAUUUGUAGCCGUCACUUCCUAAAGGAGAAAUUUUAUAUGGCUGGUAAUCGACGUAGGCUCAUUGGACAAUCAGCCCCAACUCUGUUUCUGCGCGGUGCUACAACGGACGUCAAAGAGGAACUAGAGGACCCUUUGCGUCUGGAUAACGAAGAUAUCAGGGCAGACGACUUUGUUCGAUGUACAAUUCCAAAUUGUCCAAAUAAUCUAAAUCGGCCUAAUCCAUCUGAAACAAUGUUUUCAUUUCGGGACGAGGAUGCACGUUUGCGACCUGGAUGGAUACAAACCCUUCGUGCCGCUCUUAAGACUGAAAGUUGGAAUCCAGACGAAUCUGAUCGAAUUUGCUCCAUCCACUUCGCGGAGGAACAAAUUUAUUUUAAUUUUCUUAAUGGAAAUUGGGUAAAACAAGUGAAAGGAACCCCAACUCUUAAUCUCAGAUUACCUAAUCCUACACCAACGCAGGGACAAAAAACGAAUACAAACAAUAAAUGUAUAAUUCCCGGAUGCGACGAUAAUUCUCUUCGACUGCGUUCUGCCCAACCAUGCAAAUCACGUCCGAUAUGGUUCCAUAAAUUUAAGGAUAGCUGGAGUUGGAUUAUGCGCAAAUUAUUGAAAAAUCCGACCUGGACCGCACCUCCAAACUCUGAAAUAUGUUAUUUACAUUUUGUAUCUAGUGACCUUCAUAAAUCGAGCGGAUCUCUCCUUUCGUCAGCCAUUCCGAAAUUGAAUCUGGGUUGUGAUUUCAAUAUAUUAGCCUCAAAUUAUCAAUUUUAUACGCCUCCAACUAGUGGCACAACGACUCCUAACGCCAAAGUCGACCCGGUACCGAAGCCACAACAACCUACAAGUUCUGCUUUGCGCAUAUGUUCCGAGUUCACCUCAAUGUGCAGGCGAAAGUUUCCGUCGCAUUUUCAAAAUCCUGCAACACUCCCAGUGACACAACGGGAAAAGGAAAUUGCUUCAAAAUUACUCGAUACAUUUAUUCGAUUACAAGAUGAAAAUGGCUCCUCAAACCCAGGAGAAUGGCAGCAGAUACAUUUCGAUUCAUUUAUUGACGAGUCAGUAUCAGAACAACCCCAUCAUCAUGACGAAUCAACCAAUAGUUCAAACGCUCCACACCCAACGAUAGACGAUGAUGAUUCUGACGUCUUUAAAGUAAUUCAUUUUGAUCCACCAGCACAUGAUACUGAAUUAUCGUCGAACGAAACUUCAUCAUCCGGUCCACCUGGAAUUUUGACAGUGCGCCCUUCCUCCCCAAUGUCCCCAAUUUCAGACGAGCAAGAAUCAACCGACCCAACUUCGUACAGACCUGCCGAAAAACUUCAAGCAUAUCUUCCCCCAGAUGAUCUGCGUGGAACAGAUUUUACUACACAAGUUAUUCAAGGGAUUCGUCACGCUUCUGCCAAAAGCUCUCAUUUACAAAAAAAUCCUGUCAGCCAUUAUAGGAAAAAACCAGGGAGGAAGACCCCUUUGACACCGCGUCUUCUAUAGUCGCCAAAUACAUACAUUUUUUUUGGAAUACCGAUGAAUAUCCUCGGAACACCCAGUUGCUCAAACCAAUAAUUGAUCCCAGAAAAAUUAACCUCAAUUAAAUACAUGCUCUCGUAUCCAAUCAGCCAUUCAUGCAAUGACAGAUUU